CGACCAACAUAAAAUGGCUCCAGCGGCUACAGCGCCAUCUGAGCCUGUCCCAGUGCAAGGGCCUCACCCUUCAUACAUACAGGUUGCAAAACCCCAUCUCUUUCACCAGCAGAUUCAAGGACAACUUGUCGCCAUUGGAACCAAUCCUACGCGUGAAGAUGGCUUCAGGCUGCAGGGAGUGCAGUGGAUCAACGAUGUGAGAAUCGCUUUGCAACUACCAGUACGGACUUUUUCCACGGCUGUCAACUACUACCAUAAGUUCCGCCUUGUCCAUAAAGACAGCGAAUACCUCUAUCAGGAUGCCGCGGCCGCCGCUUUGCUCACAGCCUGCAAGAUUGAGGAUACUCUAAAGAAGUCAAGAGAGAUCCUCUGCGCGGCCCAUAACCUUAGGGUUUCUGCCUCGGAACACCUCAGCCCUGACGAUAGUGCUUUCGAAGGACCAUCGAAGAUAGUCAUUGGACUUGAACGUCUCAUGCUGGAAGCAUCUGGCUUCGAUUUCCGAGUUCGAUACCCACAUAAGCACCUCAUCAAGUUGGCAAAACAUGCUGGAAUUGAAAAAGAUGUUGCCAAACUUGCUUACAAUAUCAUGCUGGACCUUUACCGAACCUUUGCUCCUCUUAAACAGACUUGUGCGGCUAUGUCCUUUGCUUGCAUCGAGGUUGCUACCCUAAUUCUUGAGAAGCAACAAGACGCCAUCUACGGCCCGGCCUCACCUAGCUAUCAAAAAUGGUGCACAACGCGAGCAGAGGUUAUGGAGACAAUGCUCGACAUUCUUGAUCUUUACACACAUUUCCAAAAGUCCUCUAUUGUAGGACCGUCGCACGACAUCCAGAAAUUCAUACAGCUCAAGAUUAAACUCAACCAGGAGAUGGUCGAUGGGGGUUCCUUCACUCGAUACACUGAAGAACAUGAAGCACCAAAGACGAACGGUCUCAAGUCAAAUAUCAAGACACCUAAGACACCCAUUACUCCGGCUAGUCCUUCGGAUACCCGAAUCAACGGAGCUUCACCGGCCACGUUAAGCCCACGGUCAUCGGGCUCGAGUCGCAGAGGGAUUGGAGCAAGAGGUCAAGACGGCACUGUUCGGUUUAUGCUUGACGCAGAAAAGGCCAAGGAGGAAAAGGAGAUAGUCGCUGAAUAUUUCAAGGUUGAGUAUGAGGACUAUGAGGUCGAAGUUGAGGAGCCAAUAAGGCAUGAGAGGCCCCCCCACAGUCAACGGAAUGGCCGCGAUGAUAGAUUCCACAAUAAGCGCUUGCGCCGAUGAAUCCAGCAGGCACGAUAAUUAAUGCAUUGCAAGGCGUCUGGGGUGGAUGGGUUUAGGUAUGGCAUGGGCAGGACAUGUGGAGUACGCGGAUGAUACCAAAAACAAAGGAAAGAAAUAGAGUUAAUUGUUCAG